AAAACAUAACUUAUAAGAACGAACGUAGUUUAUUUUUUAUCAAUUUUACUUUAAUAGAAAUGGAACAGCCGCGCCAAAAAAUUCCGAAAGACGGUUGGGGUCCGAGGGGAGCCCCGGAUUGUUAUUACACAUCGCGCGUUUUGAACUCGACAUUCCGUUACGUGAAGUUCGUGCGCAAACUUCGCGCGUUAGAAGAGGAUGAACGUCGGGGCGCUGAGAAUAAACUAAAAGAGUUGAAAGACAAACAGAUCAGCGACUUCUUUAUACGAUGCGACCGGAGAUCGCUCAUCAACAACGUUGCUCGUCGUGUUGAUCUGUGCAUGGCGUCAUACGAAGAAGAUCUGAAACAGAAAAGGCAAAAACUGAUAGAUUUGUAUGCGGCAGAAGAAGAAGACAACAUUCGCAAAUUUGUGGUACAAGCGCAAGCGGGAGCGGAAGCGAUUUGGCAAGACAAGGUCAAUAGGCUUGAGUAUCUGCUGGCUAAGCGAAAGAAGGAGCAUGAGGAUAAAUACAAGGACACGCCGCUAUCAAAGUGCGUGCACGUACUGCCGUGCGUGUACAAACUCCGUGCGAAAGAGACACAAGAAAUCCAGCUGUACCAGAUGAGAGAGAAGGAGUCAAGACAACUGGCCGAGAAAGAGUUUGACAAGAUGUGGCACGAGCUGGCUUUGAAGGAAUCUGAUGCACUGGCUGCUAGAAUGGAACUGGACGCCAUCGAGCGUCUUCGCCGCGAUCACGAAUGCAAGCAGUACAGUGACUAUCAGCUGGAGCAGAGACGAAUUCAGCGAGAGAAAGAGAGGGAACUGCUCAAGGAAGAGUCGAAGAGAUUCAAGGCCAUGUGGGACGAGGAGAUCAGGAAAGAGCACGAAGCCGAGAACUAUCGUGCUGAGCAAAGGAAGGAAACGGCGCGCGAGAGAGAUCGCAUGAUAGAAGAGAAGAGAGAGAUGAUGGCCCAACAGCGAGCUGCCGACAAGCUGAUAGAAGACACGUGGGACGCGCUGGCGGGGCAGGGGAGAGCGCAAGAGAAGGCGGAGAUGGAGUUGAGGAGGAGAAAGGAGCGUGAAUUAGAUGAAUGUAACCGCGAGAUGAUCAGGCUCAAGAAGGAGUUUCAAGACAUGGAGAAGAAUUUGGAGGCGCCUCUCGCAGAAGAUGCGAGGAGGAGACAAGAGUUUAUCGAUAAAAAGAGAUGCGAAUAUCUAACGUGGUCCCAGAAGACAAACAGGGACGUCCGCAAAGCAAUGAUAGACCAGAUAAAAGACCGCGAAAAGGCCAGAGAGGUUUUGAAACAGAAGAUGGCGGAGCAAGAUGAGUAUCAGAGGCAACUGUUCGAUCAGCUGAGCCAGCUGGUCGACCAUAAACAAGUGACAGACGCGCAGGCCAGGAAGCAGAACCAGAAAUGUCUGUUGCAGCAGAUAGAGUAUAACAAGUUGUUGAAGGAGAGGGCCUUGCAAGAGGAAGUUGAGCAGAGAAAGAAGGCUCAACUCGCCAGCGAGGAAUACGACAGGGAGAUAAAACGGAUGUUGAGUCGGCCUUUCUUCAGUGAGGAUGUGCAUCCGUUUAUGAAGCAGAUCGCCCGCGGCAUAGAGAUGCCUGAAAAAUGUCCUUGCUCCAAAUCCGAUUAUUGCAAAUGAAUUAUUUUUGAUAAAAUAUACGUUUUUGGCAA